AUGUCGUUCGCUCAGGCACUGGUUAAAACACUGAGCCCAGACCCCUAUGGCGAAAGCGGCAUUGAAAAGAUAAUUGCACGUCGGCGUAGCAAAGGACUUGGUGUGGAUAUACUUUUGGGGCCCAAUGACGCGCCAAAAUACCCGCCCAGAGGUACCGAGGAACGGGUUCAAUUGAUUCAAAAAAUUGAGUCGAAUUUACCGUCAAGAGCAUCACAGACACGAGCCAUCUACUACUUAUUACUUGAUUAUCCAGUUGAAGCAACCAACAACGAGUCUGUUGCUGCUUAUUUCUCCAGUGAAAUCAAACCCAGCCAUGUCCAGACCCGGUUCGUUCAGGGACUUUGGCACCUUGACCACAACGAGCUUGAGCAGGCACUAGCAUGUCUAUGUGAACCAUGGGAGGCGGAGGUUGCUAACAGCAGUGACUUCUAUGCGUUCAUUAUGUCUGCAUUAGCACCCGAGCCUCGGUUGUUGACUGCAUUUAUCGAUGCAAAACAGCCCCCGCUCGACACAGAAGCCAUGAACGUUUAUGUUGAUGCCUUGGCAUCUCAAGGCCUCACUUUUGAAAUCCUACAACUGAGCCGCACUCAUAGAACAUCUGAGCCGCUAAAGCAGCUCGGCCAAUUUGCUUCAAACACAUCUAAUCGCCAAGCUGCGCUCUCAGUAGCUCAGCUACCUUGUGACGCAGAUGAAUGGCUAAUUGUUCAAAACGAACUGGAUAAGGCAAUUGAAAAAGAUGCAGACGGGCUUGCUGGCGAGCUUACAAUGGUCAGAGCAAUUCACACGGGCGAUUUGCCCACGAUUAGUCGCAUGAAGCGUCUCACAGAUAAAUAUGCACUAAUUGCCAAGGGCACAGCAGAGUUGUAA